ACAAAGUUACCAAAAUGAAGUUAUUCGCCGUUCUUGUCCUCUUGUGCGCUAUUGUAGGAUUUACAGUGGCCUCAACUUCUAUAGAAUAUGACGAGACAACUACCGAACAGGCUUCUACGACCACCACUACCCUAGCUCCCCCGGCACAACCUCCAUGUGGAAGCGGACCCCAAGGACCCUGUGGACAGGUCCCUCCCCAACUGCCGCCCUGCGUGGGAGGUCCUGGUGGACUUUGCGGCAAGAAACUGUACUUCUUCUACUAA